AUGAUCAUGCUAAAGACUCCUUACGAUCAAGAUGCUCCUUGGGAGGCUAUUAAGUCAUUGGAGUACCCCAUGCCCGCACAAGCCUGGUACAAGGCCCUCCGGGAUGUCGGGUACUCGUUCGGCCCUUCGUUCCAGUCACAACUGGAGGUCGAGGCUGUGGCCGGUCAGCGAACCAACCGAGGCUUAGUUUCCUUUUCAGAGCCCCCGUCUUCUUAUCCUCAGUCGCCUUACUCAGUCCACCCCGUGGCGAUCGAUGGCUGCCUUCAGUCCGGAGCCGCCUCGCUGUGGCAGGGCAUCCGCAGCGCCGUGGGCGGUGCUCUGGUGCCUGCCGUGGUAGAUGAUCUCCUUAUCAACGCCCGGGACGUUGCGGCAGUGCCAGUUGCGGUUGCAGCAGCCUCAGCUGAGUUCUCUGGAGUGGGCAGCCCCGAGGAAGCCCACAACUACCAUUCACAUAUACAGGUCUUUGACCCGGCUAGUAAACGGCUACUGCUUAAGGUCACGGGCUUGUGGUACCACAAACUCGACGCUAGUCCCGAGUCCCCUGAAAGGCAGCAUACCUUCAUGCGUUUGCACUGGAAGCCGCAGAUGUCCACCUUGAGCGAUGGGCAGAUACGUGGGCUGGUUCAGGCUCCUCGUUCGCUGCAAAAGCCCAUGCCACACCACGAUUCAUCAUCACCAUCACGAAAGCAGUGGACCCUUAUGGAGCUCCUCCUGCAUGAGAAGCAUUCCCUUCGAGUGGUAGAGUUCAGCACGCUGCCGUUUGAGGAAAGUGUCGGGCGGGCUAUAUUCGACGGCGAUCUGUCCCUCGGCGAGGGAAAUUGCAAAUACCAGUUCAUGCCGAAAAAUCUGGCUUCGCUGCGUGCCUCGCAGGCCUUGCUGUCGGAAACAUACCCUCAGGCUCAGAUGAAUAUGCUCGAUGUGACCAAGCCUGAUGUAGGUCUGUCCAUGCUACCUGACAUGCUUGAUUUGGCGAUCCUUCAGCUAGGACCCGUCUCUAGCGCCGACCUGGCGAAUGCGCUGGUUAAUGUUAGGCGGGCCAUGACACCGACAGCCUAUCUGUUGGUUUUAGGAACGUCCCUGGUCGAUGUAACGGAGGAUACGGGCAGCGCGUCAGUCAUCAGCGGUGAGGACAGCGAUUCUGGCAGCUCGGACUGGUCUAUGAUCGGAAGUUCAUCGUCCCAGAUUCUUGACUUUCUGCGUGGCCAAGGGUUCGAGCGAGUGGUUCCCCUUGCACAGGAAAGCUUGUCAGAGGACACGGUAUUUCUCGCUCAGCUUUCAUCGGACAAGACCAUUGUCUCCCCCCCGCUUGCGACGACUUCAGAGGUAAAAGUACUUCAUCUCACCCCGGAGGAUAAGCCACUAGUAAAACAGCUGGCCAUCGCCGGGAAAGCGCCGAGCGAGCAACAUCUACCCCUUCCCGCUGCGGCUAUCGCGCCCAGCUCAGUCGUUGUGAUCGUGGACGAGGUUUUUCGGCGACCCUGA